CAGAGAUUCCUGAAGAAAACAGAGGUGGCUAGCGGGUCUGUCUGGCCGUGCGUGCAUCUCUUUCCGUUCCCCUGCCGGUUCUUUAGGACUGGAAAUCGAAAUCACAGCUGUUACGAAGGGCCUAAUCCAAGGCACUAGGGUGCCACCUACGCACUGAUGCCUCGAAUGCUCACAGGGCUUCCAGCUAACCAUGCUGCACCAACCCUGGCGCUGCCCCUGCUACUGUUACUGCUGGUGCUGUGGACCCCGCUCCCCAAUAGUGCGAGGCGGUCCACAGGCACUGAUUACUUGCGGCGAGGCUGGCUGCGGCUACUAUCCGAGGGCGAGGGCUGUGCUCCCUGCCGGCCAGAAGAGUGCGCUGCGCCGCGGGGCUGCCUAGCAGGCCGGGUGCAGGAUGCGUGCGGCUGCUGCUGGGAAUGCGCCAACCUGGAGGGCCAGCUCUGCGAUCUGGACCCGAGCGCCAACUUCUACGGGCGCUGUGGCGAGCAGCUCGAGUGCCAGCUGGACGCGGGCGGUGACCUGAGCCGAGGAGAGGUGCCGGAGCCGCUGUGUGUCUGUCGCUCGCAGCGCCCACUCUGUGGUUCCGACGGCCGCACCUACGCGCAGAUCUGCCGCCUGCAGGAGGCCGCCCGCGCUCGGCCUGAUGCUAACCUCACUGUGGUGCAUCCAGGGCCCUGCGAAUCGGAACCCCAGAUCGUGUCACAGCCCCACAAUAUUUGGAAUGUGACCGGACAGGAUGUCAUCUUUGGCUGUGAGGUGUUUGCCUAUCCCAUGGCCUCCAUUGAGUGGAGGAAAGAUGGCUUGGACAUCCAGCUGCCAGGGGAUGACCCCCAUAUCUCUGUACAGUUUAGGGGUGGACCUCAGAAGUUUGAGGUGACCGGCUGGCUACAGAUUCAGGCUUUGCGUCCUAGUGAUGAGGGCACCUACCGCUGCCUUGCCCGCAAUGCCCUGGGCCAAGUUGAAGCCUCUGCUACCCUGACAGUGCUCACACUAGACCAGCUCAACGCCACAGGAUUCUCCCAGCUGCAAUCAAUGAAGCUGGUUCCCGAGGAAGAGGCAGACAAUGAAGAGCUGGAGGAUUACUACUAGGUCCAGCUCUCUGAUCUGUGGAUGUGGGUGUGUGGAUAUAGUAGCUACCCCUGCUAUGGAGAAGACAUGGAGAAGACUGGACAGGGCGGGCAGGGUCCUUUCAUGGAUUGUUUAACGCUCAUUGUAGCCUCAGUUUCCCUUUCCUCAGAAUCAUCUCCAGAAGCUUCCCACCUAGGGCACUUACUAACCACAGCUCUUUCUGCGAGAGCACAGUGGAGCUGAUUUAGCUCAGUGCAGCGAGAAGACUAGGCCAGCUUCUUGUCUUGUGCCACUCUAGUGGACAAAGCCCACCCAACCUGUGACUAGACACAGUGGGCACCAAUAAAAAAAUAUAGACUAACCGA